AGUGGUACCUGCCUGAGAACAAGGGCCGCAGAGGGACGUGAGUGCCUGAGCCUCGCCCGGAAAUUCAGCACCAACAAGGCAGAAACAGCCAUGAGGUGACGCUUUCAGAGCCAGAAGUGCUCUCCAUGCAGGCCUCAUGAGUGACAGGAGACGGUGGCCUCGGGAGUAGAAUUCCUCCUAUAGAGGAACACGUGCCUGAUGUGGGAGACAGGGGGAGGGGCAGCUCCACGCUUCAUCAUCUCAGUCAUCUCAGCUUGCUCUUCAGGAAUCUCCCAGAAACUCCAUCUCGGGGCCUUGUAUUUCUCUUUGGUUUUAUUAGAUAUGGCAGGUGUUACCCUUCUGGUUCUGUUUCCCCCAGGCCAGCAUCCUUCAGGAAAAGCAUCCCCGAGGAGGAAGACGAAUCGUUAAACAUCUUAAAAGGUCAGCUCUAGCCUCUCAGAGUUUGUGUCCUCUUCAGUGGAAACCCCAAGAAGACUGAUCAGUUCUUCAUUUCUAAAACAAUGGCCCAGGGUUUGGUGACAUUCGCCGAUGUAGCCAUAGACUUUUCUCAGGAGGAGUGGGCCUGCCUGAACUCUGCUCAGAGGGACCUGUACUGGGAUGUGAUGCUGGAGAACUACAGUAACUUGGUCUCACUGGAUUUGGAGUCAGCAUAUGAGAAUAAGAGUUUAGCUACAGAAAAAAACAUUCAUGAACUAAGGGCUUCCAAAAGGAAUUCAGAUAGAAGAAGUAAAUCCCUUGGCCGUAACUGGAUAUGCGAAGGUACGCUUGAAAGACCGCAGCGCUCGAGAGGGAGGUAUGUCAAUCAAAUGAUCAUCAAUUAUGUAAAAAGGCCUGCUACUAGAGAAGGUACCCCUCCUAGACCACAUCAGAGACAUCAUAAGGAGAAUUCCUUUGAAUGUAAGGAGUGUGGGAAGGCCUUUAGUCGUGGCUAUCAACUUAGUCAACAUCAGAAAAUCCAUACUGGCGAGAAACCUUAUGAAUGUAAAGAAUGUAAGAAGGCCUUCCGUUGGGGCAAUCAGCUUACUCAACAUCAAAAAAUUCAUACUGGGGAGAAGCCGUACGAGUGUAAAGACUGUGGGAAGGCUUUUCGAUGGGGUUCAAGCCUCGUUAUUCAUAAGAGAAUUCAUACUGGUGAAAAACCCUAUGAAUGUAAAGACUGUGGAAAGGCCUUUCGGCGUGGUGAUGAGCUCACUCAGCACCAGAGAUUCCACACUGGGGAGAAAGACUACGAAUGCAAAGACUGUGGGAAGACCUUCAGCCGUGUGUAUAAACUUAUUCAGCACAAGAGAAUUCAUAGUGGGGAGAAGCCUUACGAGUGUAAAGACUGUGGGAAGGCCUUUAUUUGUGGUUCAAGCCUCAUUCAGCAUAAAAGAAUUCACACAGGUGAGAAACCCUACGAAUGUCAAGAGUGCGGGAAGGCCUUCACUCGAGUCAAUUACCUCACUCAGCAUCAGAAGAUCCACACCGGUGAGAAGCCUCACGAGUGUAAGGAAUGUGGGAAGGCCUUUCGCUGGGGUUCGAGCCUCGUGAAGCACGAGAGGAUACACACGGGCGAGAAGCCGUACAAAUGCACAGAGUGCGGGAAGGCCUUCAACUGCGGCUACCACCUCACUCAGCACGAGAGAAUCCACACAGGCGAGACCCCGUACAAAUGUAAGGAGUGUGGGAAGGCUUUCAUUUAUGGGUCCAGCCUUGUGAAACACGAGAGAAUUCAUACCGGGGUGAAACCCUACGGGUGUACAGAAUGUGGGAAGAGCUUUAGUCAUGGCCAUCAGCUUACACAACAUCAGAAAACGCACAGCGGGCCGAAAUCCUACGAAUGUAAGGAAUGCGGGAAGGCAUGUACCCACCCAAACCAUCUCCGAGAACAUCAGAGGAUCCACAACAGUUGAAGAGCCUCUUGAACACCGUAGCCCACUCGUAUCUGUGGUUUCGCUUUCCACAGUUGGUUAUCUGCAGUCCACUGCAGUUCAAAAAUAUUAAAUGGAAAAUUCCAGAAAUAACGA